UUGUGCCCGCUGCACCCCUAGUCUCAGAGGCAGGUUGUCUUGGCUGGGCUGGUGCUAAGCAUGUUUCCCCUGAAGGAUGCAGAGAUGGGAGCCUUCACCUUCUUUGCCUCGGCUCUACCACAUGAUGUUUGUGGAAGCAAUGGGCUUCCGCUCACACCCAAUUCUAUCAAAAUUUUAGGGCGCUUUCAAAUUCUGAAAACUAUUACCCAUCCCAGACUGUGUCAAUAUGUGGACAUUUCCAGAGGAAAGCAUGAGAGGCUGGUGGUGGUGGCCGAGCACUGCGAACAGAGUCUAGAAGACUUGCUUCGAGAAAGGAAGCCCACAAGCUACUCCAAAGUUUUGUGCAUAGCAUUUGAGGUUCUUCAGGGCCUGCAGUUUAUGAACAAGCAUGGCAUGGUCCACCGAGCACUCUCUCCUCAUAAUAUUCUCUUGGAUCGUAAGGGACAUGUUAAACUGGCAAAAUUUGGACUUUAUCACAUGACAGCUCAUGGUGAUGAUGUUGAUUUCCCCAUUGGGUAUCCAUCAUACUUAGCACCUGAAGUAAUCGCGCAAGGAAUUCUCAAAACCACCGAGCAUGGGUCAAAUGAAAAACCACUGCCUUCCGGUCCCAAAUCAGAUGUGUGGUCUCUUGGAAUCAUUUUAUUUGAGCUGUGUGUGGGGAGAAAAUUAUUUCAAAGUUUGGAUAUUUCUGAAAGACUAAAAUUUUUGCUUACAUUGGAUUGCGUAGAUGAUACCGUGAUAGUCCUGGCUGAAGAGCAUGGUUGUCUGGAUACUAUAAAGGAACUUCCCGAAAAUAUGAUCAGUCUUUUGAAGAAGUGCCUCACCUUCCACCCUUCCAAGAGGCCAACUCCAGAUGAAUUAAUGCAGGACAAGGUGUUCAAUGAGAUAUCGUCUCUGUACACCCCCUUCACCAAGCCGGCUGGUCUGUUUUCUUCUUCUCUCAGAUGUGCUGAUUUAACUCUGCCCGAGGAUAUCAGUCAGCUCUGUGAAGAUAUGAGCAGUGACUACCUGGCAGAAAGAUCCAUUGCAGAAGUGUAUUACCUUUGGUGUUUGGCUGGAGGUGACUUGGAGAAAGAACUUGUCAACAAGGAAAUCAUUCGAUCCAAACCUCCCAUCUGCACACUCCCCAAUUUUCUCUUUGAAGAUGGAGAAAGCUUUGGGCAAGGCCGGGAUCGGAGCUCUCUCUUAGAUGAUACGACGGUGACUCUGUCACUAUGCCAACUAAGGAAUCGACUGAAAGAUGUGGGCGGAGAAGCGUUUUAUCCACUGCUUGAAGAUGACCAGUCUAACCUGCCUCAUUCCAACAGCAGCAACGAGCUGUCGGCGGCCGCUACGCUGCCCUUGAUCAUCCGAGAGCGGGACACGGAGUACCAGCUCAACAGGAUUGUCCUCUUCGACCGGUUGCUCAAGGCUUAUCCAUAUAAAAAAAAUCAGAUCUGGAAAGAAGCACGAGUCGACGUCCCUCCUCUUCUCAGAGGCCUGACCUGGGCUGCGCUGCUGGGCGUUGAGGGGGAUAUUCAUGCCAAGUACGAUGCCAUUGAUAAAGAUACUCCAAUACCUACAGACAGACAAAUUGAAGUGGACAUUCCUCGGUGCCAUCAGUACGAUGAGCUGCUGUCGUCUCCCGAAGGUCAUGCCAAGUUCCGGCGUGUCUUAAAAGCCUGGGUCGUGUCCCACCCCGACCUGGUGUACUGGCAAGGCCUGGACUCCCUCUGUGCCCCGUUUCUCUACUUAAAUUUCAAUAAUGAAGCCUUGGCUUACGCCUGUAUGUCUGCUUUUAUCCCCAAAUACCUGUAUAACUUCUUCUUGAAAGACAACUCUCACGUAAUUCAAGAGUACCUGACCGUGUUCUCCCAGAUGAUCGCGUUUCACGAUCCCGAGCUGAGCAACCAUCUCAAUGAGAUCGGAUUUAUUCCCGAUCUCUAUGCCAUUCCCUGGUUUCUCACCAUGUUUACUCAUGUUUUCCCACUGCACAAGAUCUUCCACCUGUGGGAUACCUUGCUGCUGGGCAACUCGUCCUUCCCCUUCUGCAUCGGGGUGGCCAUCCUGCAGCAGCUGCGGGACCGGCUGCUGGCCAACGGCUUCAACGAGUGCAUCCUGCUCUUCUCUGACCUGCCAGAGAUUGACAUUGAGCGCUGUGUGCGAGAAUCCAUCAACCUGUUCUGUUGGACCCCCAAAAGUGCUACGUACCGGCAGCACGCUCAGCCCCCCAGGUCGGGCCCUGAUGGGGGUACAGGCAGGAGCUCCACCCCCUAUUUCUCCACCGAGUGUCCAGAUCCUCCAAAGACAGACCUGUCAAGAGAAUCCAUCUCCUUAAAUGACCUGAAGUCGGAGGUGUCACCCCGGAUUUCAGCAGAGGACUUGAUCGACCUGUGUGAGCUCUCGGUGACAGGACACUUCAAAACAGCCCCCAAGAAGACCAAGUCCAGUAAGCCAAAGCUCCUGGUGGUCGACAUCCGGAAUAAUGAAGACUUUAUCCGGGGCCACAUCUCCGGUAGCGUCAACAUCCCAUUCAGCUCGGCCUUCACGGCGGAGGGGGAGCUGAGCCCCAGCCCGCACGCCGCUCUGCUGCCCAGCUUCCGCGGGAAGGUCAUCGUCGUCGUGGGCCACGCGGGGCCACACAUGGCACAGUUCGCAGCUCAUCUGGUGAAGAUGAAGUACCCAAGAAUCUGCAUUCUGGACGGUGGCAUCAGCAAGCUCAAGCCCACUGGCCUCCUCACCGUGCCAUCCCCACAGAUAUGACGAGGCCAGGAUGGACCCAGAACACAGCCCAGGGGCCCAGACUCCUGCAGUGCCCUAAGGCCCCGUCAGAGACAUCUGUCCUGAUUCCGCAACAGCCAGCCUGACUGGACAUGCAUUGCCGAAAGAAUGUUCUUAACAGUGAAAUCUGACCA